AUGUCGACGCUCACUCGCACACUCAGUCGCAUCUUGUACGUCUUCCGGAGUGGAGUGUGUCGUGCGUAGCCCGCUCCACUCGAGCCGUUAUGUGUCGUACUCCGAAACAAGUUUGACGGGAAAUUCGUUAAGUUUUCUGAAAGCUUUCGAACUGGAAGAGCGAUGUGCGCGUCAAAAGUUUUUCAAUACGUGAUGAUUUAGUUUGAGUGACAGUUAAAGUGAGUUUGUCGAUAUGUUUUCGAUUGGAUUAUGGAGUGUUCUAUGUAUGAUGUGGUGCUGGACAUGUCAGGGUGCCGCUGCGGCGUCACUGACAAGUAGAGUGGCGGAGGCGCCACAGGAGUGUGAAUGGCAGCGGGUUUCUGGCGAUGCAAGCGAGAGUACCAGAGUGCAGCUCGCGUGCUCCUUGAGGACCGCAGCCGGAGCGACUGAGCUACUGACCGGUCUGAGUGCUUCACAGGCUCAACGCAUCACAGUUCUAGACCUUCAUUGUACCGAUGUUCUCUUUUUUGAGAGUUCACUUGAUUUUGGUCGAAGAAAAGAAGAGGGAACUCAAUUGCUGUCCCGGUUUCACAACUUGAGAGAAUUAAGAAUAGAAUCCUGUAAAAUACGCUAUGUGCCGUCAGCGGUGCUAUCACCGCUUAGUGGCCUACGUAGUUUGACUAUUCGGACUCAUAAUUCUGAUUGGUCAGCGAUGUCGAUGGAAUUCCACAGAGAUACUUUUCGAGGGCUGACGGAUUUGAGAUCACUUGAUUUAGGCGAUAACAACAUAUGGAUUUUGCCGUCGGAAAUAUUUUGUGUUCUGUACAAUUUGAAAGAACUAAAUGUUACCCAGAAUAGAUUGCAAGAUAUAUCAAACUUAGGCUUUUCUGACUGGGGUAAUGGACCAACGGCACCUGGUAAAUCGUGUAACACAGUUCUUGAGACCUUGGAUAUGUCGUACAAUGAAAUUAGCGGCCUACCUGAUAACGGUUUGUCAAGUUUACGCGCACUUCAAAAAUUGUUUCUGCAAAACAAUAGGAUUUCAAACGUCGCUGACCGAGCUUUCGUAGGUUUAAGUGACUUACAAAUACUGAAUUUAUCAACAAAUGCUCUAACUGCCUUGCCUCCGGAGAUGUUUCAAUCUUCAAGAGAUAUAAAACAAAUUUACUUAAACAACAACAGCUUAAGCGUAUUGGCGCCUGGACUUCUAGAAGGAUUAGACCAAUUGCAGAUAUUAGAUUUAUCAGUCAAUGAAUUGACUAGUGAAUGGAUAAACAGAGAUACAUUCUCUGGAUUGGUUCGGUUGAUUGUUCUGAAUCUAUCUCACAACAGAAUUACGAAAAUUGAUGCUCUAUUAUUUCAAGAUCUUAACAACCUACAAUUUCUGAGUUUGGAAUAUAAUAACGUAGGUCGUAUCGCAGAAGGUGCAUUUUCGAACUUGAAGAAUCUUCAUUCCCUUUCACUGGCUCACAAUAACAUCAUAGAAGUGGAUAGCGGUCAUUUCUCAAAUCUAUACGUAUUAAAUCAGCUGUUUCUUGACGGCAACAGAAUUACUAAGGUCGACAUAAGGUCUUUUGAAAAUAUUACAAAACUCCACGACUUGGGUUUGAGUGGAAAUCAACUAACCGACGUACCUGAAGCGAUCAAGACUUUAAGGUUCUUAACAUCCUUGGAUUUAGGAAUGAAUAAAAUAACAAAAGUGAUAACUUCGCACUUUGACGGCCUUGAUGAUUUGUAUGGUUUAAGACUUGUAGGAAAUAAAAUCGAGAAAAUUUCUAAGGAUACAUUUGCGGCUUUACCGUCUCUGCAAAUAUUGAACUUGGCUUCGAAUAACAUCGAUCAAAUAGACGACGGGGCUUUUGCGUCGAACCAGCAGUUGAAAGCGAUUGGAUUAGAUGGUAACAAAUUGGUAGACUUAAAAGGGAUUUUUACUAAAACUCAGCCGCUUGUCUGGUUAAAUGUAUCCAACAAUGAAUUACUUUGGUUUGAUUACAGUCAUAUACCAUCCAAUCUAGAAUGGUUAGAUAUGCACGAAAAUAAAAUUGACAAGUUAGAUGAUACGUAUGGAUUGAAGGAGACAACCAUGGUGAAGAUGCUCGAUGUUAGUAAUAACAAAAUCAAGAGCGUAGAUGAGCUUUCCUUUCCAAGCAGUAUUGAGACUGUAGUUUUAAACAAUAAUAAUAUUGAAAAAGUUAGUCCCGGUACAUUCUUGCAAAAAUACAAUUUGAAUAAGGUUAUGUUGUAUUCGAACAAAAUAAAAACAUUAGAGCUCGGUGCAUUCGCGAUAUCAUCUGUUCCAGACGAUAAAGAUUUACCAGAGUUCUAUAUCAGUGAAAAUCCUUUUGUGUGCGACUGCACAAUGGAAUGGCUCCAAACAAUUAAUCAAGUAAGCGACCUCAGGCAGCGCCCAAGAGUAAUGGAUUUAGAAAGCGUGAGGUGCUCUUUAACCCAUUCACGGAGGAAAUCGGAGACGCUCUUGCUCGAAGUGAAGUCUUCAGAAUUUUUGUGCGAAUAUGAAUCGCACUGCUUCACAGUCUGUCAUUGCUGUGACUUUGACGCCUGCGAUUGUAAGAUGACCUGUCCAGAUAGGUGUUCGUGCUAUCACGAUCAGACUUGGACCACCACUAACGUAGUCGAUUGUUCGAAUGCCGGCUACGAUCACGUGCCCGACAGAAUACCGAUGGACGCGACCGAAAUAUAUUUAGAUGGUAACAGUUUGAAAGAGCUCGGAAAUCACGUUUUCAUUGGCAAAAAGAAACUACAAGUUUUAUAUCUCAACAACAGUAAUAUUGAUAUAAUACAAAAUAGAACAUUUAACGGAAUCGACUCUUUGAGAGUGCUCCAUUUAGAAAACAAUAACUUGGAAGUAUUGAGGAACACGCAAUUCACGAGGCUACCUCAUUUGAACGAGCUCUACUUGAGCAGCAAUAAGAUCAAAUUUAUCGAGAAUGAUACUUUUAAUUAUCUGCCUUCUUUAGAGUUCUUGGACCUCGAUAAUAAUGGUUACGUUGAUUACAUGCCGUGGCGAGUCAUUUCCGACAGCGAUCCGCGCAUGCGUGUCUCUGUAGAUGGAAACAACUGGAUAUGUGACUGUAAAGAUGUGGCUCAAUUGAAUCAGUGGCUAAUAAAAAAAUCAAAAGACACCGAGAACAUGAUGUGCUACUUUGCUCACGGUCAGCCCAUGAAUAAAACCAUCGCGACCGUUGCUAAGGAAUGUAAAACAGAAACGACUACCGAAGAAACUGGUACCGAGACGUUAAAACGAUUAUUCAUCGAAUCGAAUGACGGCGUCGAAAAUUAUAUUCCAUAUAUUGCAGCCGUGUUGAUAAUAGCAAUCAUUCUAUUACUGAUGUGCGCUCUUCUUUUCAUGUUCAGAGAAGAUUUUAAACUAUGGAUGCACUCUAGAUAUGGUAUUAGAAUAUUCAGUUCCUCCCCCCGGGACCUUAACGACAGCAAAAACAAACGGUUUGAUGCAUUUUUUGUGUAUAAUCCACGCGACGAAGACUUUGUGACUCGGGCGGUGAGUUCGGAAUUAGAAAAUAUGGGACACACUUUGUGCUUACAACACCGGGACCUGCAGCUUAUAGAGAGACGUUCGGGUGAUAGUUUAGUGAGUGCCGCGGAAAGUUCUAAGAGACUGAUAAUAGUUUUAUCGAUAAACUUUUUACAACAAGAGUGGUACGCGCCUGAAUCUAAAGCGGCGGUGCAAAGUGCUAUAAAUUCAGUGAAUGUGAGACACAGACGACAAAAGAUAAUUUUUCUAGUAACAACAGAUUUAAGUGCCAUAAACAUAGAUCCUGACUUGAAAGUGCUUCUUAAAACGUGUACAGUGAUCGUGUGGGGUGAGAGAAAUUGUUGGGAAAAACUAAAUUUUCGGUUACCCGAUGUGGACGUAACGUUACCGAAUCGGACGCUUCAUAACGCUAAUAAUAUUAUAAAAAGUGGUAACAGAGAAGGAUUCGGUAGGCACGGUAAUUUAAGGUACACCGCGCCACCGACUUCUCAUGAUCCUUGGUACAAAUAUGGUAUGGCUCCUCCAAUACUAAUGAUGUCUAGUCCGUUGCAUUCGACCAGCGCCAGCGCGGAAGUCUCUGCUCGGAGCACGGAGGACGAGACGUGUUCGGUCGCUAGCAGUGAAGGUCGACCUGACGACCGUCUGCCUCACCACCAUAGCUACGUCUCUAUAGACAACCAUCAGUGCGAGGAACGCCCUCUUAGGCCCGGCCAGCAAAUACCAAUGUCCAGUACAGCUCAUACAAGAAAGACAUAUUUCGUUUAAAAAUUGUGAUUUAUUAUUAGGCGUGUACAGUAUUUUAGGUUGUAAACUGUUGUAAUUAUAGAUAUUUAACGUUAGGAGAACGCUUUACGGCCGAGAUAUUAAUUAACACUGUAUUGGUGCUUUAUUGAUUAAGUUUGGACUGAGACUUAUCUAUUUGCCAACGUUAGAUAGUAAAGAAACGAAAUGUUUAUUUUUUUCUAAAUGAGACAUUAAAUAUAUCUUUCGUCUCACACUGUUUUUUACUUAAGUACCUCGUGUGUUUUCUUUUUAAAUUUUUAAUUAGCAAUCAUGAAGUCACAUUCCUGUUUGUAUAAAAUAUGCUAUAGCAUAAUUAUAAUUGUCAUUUGUUUCAUGUUCCUCAUUGUUUUAAGUCAUUCAUGUGCAUGUCUUCGUGAUAGCGAUAGGUACUUAUAUUGAAUUUGUUAUGCAAAAUGUCAUGUGUAGAUUUUGUAAAUAUAAUAGUAUUAUUACAGUGAAAGGUUGUUGAAGAACUGAAAUGUACCCUAGUCAAUUGUAAAUAGCUUAUGUAAGUAGUUUAGUUAAUAUCGAGUACAUAAUAUUAUUGUGAUGUAAUGAUUAAUUAGAGUAUGAGAAUUUUCGUAUUUAUUACGCUUCCAAAUACAGAGUAUGAAUAAAAUAAUAUUUUAUCUACCAAA